AUGUUGACUAUUACAUUAUUUCUGUUAUUUUCUGUCCUAUGGAAUAUAAAUUCUCAAUUUAUUCCACCACAAUUUGAUUUAGCAAUUAAUCGUUUACGUCAAUAUCAAUAUUUCUCACCCAUUGAUCUGCUUAAAGAUGUAGAAUACAAUCCUACACCUAAACAAAUGCUAGAACAUAUGUCUGUAUUGUUGUCGAAUAACAAGACUAGUCCAUGUGAACAAGAUAUCGAAUUAAUUCUUCGAGCAGCAGUAGAAAAAGAGAUGUGGGCACUCAAAAUACUCGAUGCUUGGGGAAAACCAUUACCUUCUGGUAUUCUCAAAGGUAACAUGUAUUGGAUAGGUAACUACGAUGAAUGUAUACAGCCUAUAUAUAAUCCAGCAAAUCAAUCCUUCGUAUCCCAACCAUUCAAUACACAACAUUGUACUCUUACACCAACAGCAUCUCGCUCUAGAUCAAGCUCCAUGGCAUCUCUUGUCCUUGGUCUUUGUGUUCCAUCAUCAUGUGAUCGACAAACACUUGUUUCUUUGAUUCAUACACUUUUCAAAAACCUUAGUAUUACUCAAGAAAAUCUUGUUUGUUCGAAUGAUCUACCAAAUGGACAAAAAGGUCUUACAAAUGGAGCAAUAGCAACUAUUGUUAUUCUUUCACUUUUAGGUUUACUUGUUCUUGUUGGAACAAUCAUUGAUCUUAUUUCUAUGUUAAAAUUUAAUAUAGUUCAUAAUCGAAUAAUAUCUAAUAAUACAUACAAUCAUUUAGUGGAUGAUGAUAAUGAAAUAACUACUCAGUCUGAAACACAUCGAACAUCGAAGAUACUAUUUUUAGCUGAAUUUUCUGCAUUAAAAUCACUUCGUCGAAUAUUUACAUUGGAACAGAAAACUAAUGAUGAUACAAAUGAUUCAUUUUUAUUUAUUAAUGGUAUUCGAGUAUUAUCUUUAUGUUGGAUAAUUAUUGGUCAUUCAUUACUUUUCAAUUUAUCCUAUACAAGUAAUAUAAUAGAUAUUCUCGUUUCGUCACGUACUAUAGCAUUUCAAUUAAUCUUAAGUGCUCACUGUAGUGUUGAUACAUUUUUUGUUCUAAGUGGUUUCUUCACGGCAAUUUUAUUUAUUCGUCAAGUGAAAAAAGAAGGAAAACUUUCACUUCGUUUAAUGUAUCUUUAUUAUAUUCAUCGAUAUAUUCGAUUAACACCAGCAUUUCUUCUAAUGAUUCUAGUUAGUAUAAAUUUAACACCCUAUUUUGGACAAGGACCAAUAUAUCCUUUUGAACAAGGAUUUGAAUCGAAAGGUUGUCGUACACGAUCAUGGUGGACAUCGAUUCUUUAUGUAGGUAAUAUAGUACGACCGGAUGAAAUGUGUUUAAAUAUUGCAUGGUAUCUACAUAAUGAUAUGCAAUUUCAUUGGAUUGCACCAUUAACUUUAAUUCCAUUUGCUCUUGGACGAAGGACUUUAUCAUUUAUAAUUGCUAUAGUUUUUGUUCUCGUUGGAAUUGGAUCAAUUUUAACUAUUCUUCUUUAUUAUCCAAAUAUGAUACUCAAUACUCUAACUACUGAAACUAAUAAUGAUGGUCCCAGUUUCUAUAAUAAUGUUUAUAUUAAACCAUGGUGUCGUAUAUCGGCAUACGCUAUCGGACUUUUAACUGGAUAUAUUGUUAUAAUUACUGGUCGUGAAUAUCAUAUUAAUCGACGCAAUAAAAUUAUUGUGACUAUUCUGAUUAUUAUCAUUGGUUUUAUGUGGCUUUUGGUGACUAAUUCUGAUAGCAUUCGCGCAUCUGGUCUAAGUCGACCAGUCACUGUUGUCUAUAUGUCACUUUCACGAACACUCUGGUCAAUUGUUAUUGGCUGGCUUUUAUUUAUCUGCAGUAUAAAUCAAGGUGGGAUAGUAACUCAAAUUCUUUCUUGGCCUAUUUGGACUUCAUUAGCUCGAAUUAAUUAUUCAUGCUAUUUAGUUCAUUCUACAAUACUUCAUAUCAUUAUAUUCAAUCAAACUAUGCCUUUCUACUAUCAAAGAUAUCUUGCGAUAAAUAACUUUAUUUCACAUAUAUUUUUUAGUUAUGCUGCAGCUAUUUUAGUUUCGAUUUUUUUUGAAACACCAUUUUUUAUUAUGGAAAAAAAAUUAUUUAAGCGAUAG